AUGGCGCUUGUAUCACUUUUACCGUAUAUCGAUAGUCGGAGUUCGGACCCAUGGUCGCCUUUGCAUCCGGGUUUAGAUAUGUCACAUUACGUAGAGCAGAUAUCUGCUGUAUUCGAAAACCCAAGUAUACAACAUAUUCCAGGUGGAGAUUCCAAAGCAAUAUGGGAUACCAGGACCACAUACGACUUCCCAAACAAUGUCAUCGACGAAAUGGAACUUUAUCCCAGGAAAAAGAGGAAGACUCCAAGGUCGGUCAAAAGUAUGGACCCUGAUUCGCCUACUUGCGCAGCCGACAAGACUUUCGAAAUGCUUCACAAGGCGGUUUGGACCGCCGCUCCGUCAGGCUUGCGAAGACGGAAGCAAGAUCCGUGGACAAGACCAAGGCCAUCUCUGGAAAGACAACAAGCCGAGGAUUUGAGGCAGGUUGGGCAGCUGUCAAUGGAAUUAUCUGAUGUCCCGUCAUUGACGGACUCCUCGAGUUUACCAAGCCUGCCAACUCUAACCGUUUCAACUCCGACGAGCACAAAUCUGGAUAACCUGGAACCGCACGUACUUGCUUCUGGAUACCAGGAUCUUGACACAAUCGAUCCGGUUGAGCGACUGGAUUCCUGGAUGGAGACGCUACAAACUGGUGUGGGCAGCCCUAUGGAACUCGAUCCACCGCCAAUAGUAUCACAGGGUCCCAUGGCGGCGCCCGAGCCCGAGCUGGGACCACCUAGAAGGUCGAAUACUCUUCCAGUAGAAAGGACCUUGAAGAAGCCAAAGAUUGUACGACAGAUUCGAAAAAGAGGUUCAUGGCCCGAUGGCAUAGUUGCGCUCAAAAGACCAGCUUUCCCAAGGAAGAAGCUACAGGAACUACAAACUACUACUACCCGUGAGGAAUUCAGGAAAUCUUUAACUGUAGCGGAAGUCGAGAAAAGAGCGAAGAGCAAACGAAUGCUAUCGCUUUUGCUACCCCUAGUGAAACCAAAGGAAGCAUUGCAGUUUUUUCCUUUGUUUACAAAGAGGGAGGUGAAGUUAUUAACAGAAAUACUGGAGGAGGAUAAGAAACUUGCUAUGAGGCUUGCGAGCGUUGGAGUUACCCUUCCUCUAAACCGGGAUGAGAUACUUGAGCUUGCGGCCUCGAAGAAGGAUGCAGACGAGGAAAGUAUUGGAAGUACCUCGACCGACGAUGGUGCCUCGAGCCGAUUAUCUACUGAGGUUGUUAGCAUCGCUUCGAGCCGCAUGGAUAUCUCGACUCCCUCAAACGGGGCGGAUGGGCCCUACAGAGACUUCCCUGCGGACCAUGACGUGGACAAGGAAAUCCAUAGACACCGCGAAAAACCUAGCCAUCUAUUGCCUAGCUCGACCGCGACGGAUCGAAACUGGACUAAGCUUGUCAAAGAACUAGAUCCCAGAUUUAGAUACAUCACAUGGUGCAAGGGUGUAUGGACACUGGAACUCGAAUCCUUCAAUCCCAUGGAUAUACCCCUGAUCCCACUCUAUAUCGCCAAUGCUCCCGUGAUCCUUUCCUAUGCUCGUCCAACUCCGCAAAUCAGUGGUCAGCGUCCACCAGAUCCACUUAGGGACCACCCUCUCCCUGUGGGUACUCUUCCAAACUUGUCCGACGAAAUCCUUUCUAUACUCUUCAAGACCUUCCCGAGGGCCACGAUGGCUUGUGUUUUCAUCAAUCAGCGUAUGAGCAUCGUGUACGACCAUGAUUUCGACCACGGUAUCGAACACAUGACCAAACCUGAAACAUUUGGAGGGUACCGUGUCAGCUUUAUGAGGAACAAGCAAACGUUCACUGCCACCUCAAGCCCGCUUCAGAGUGACCGUCUUCUCACCGGCAAGCGUGUCGAAGUCUGCCGUCCUGGUCACGAACAUGGUUGGACUAGUUGCUUGGGUGUCCGCCUCCGACGGAAGAAGCCUUCUACCGAUCCUAAAGAGCCAAACGACGCAAUAACGAUGACUACUCAUGCAUUCCUCACUGCGCUUCGCCUCCCUAGCCCGGAGAGCCCGACGGACGAAGAAUCAAUCGACUACCCAUCUCGGGCCUCAAACUCCAGCCGCUCAUCCGAAGUCACCAACGAGGAUUUCGCGUCCAUGAAGGUCAUUGACCGUACUAGGAAAGGUGCAUUUGGCCAGUAUUAUCACACAUACGAUAACCUCAAGAAGCUGCGCGGUAACAUUGAGGCUUCAAAAUUCUUACACGAUCUUUGCCUCAUCAAGUCUAUCGCAGACCCUCCGCAGGAACUUCCAGUCAUCUCCUUCCAACGGAAAAAGAAAAACGAAUUCAAGCGUAUGGAGUGGUGUACAUCGCCUGAAAUGCUAAGAGCAAGGAAGGGGAAGAUGUACCUUCUUAAUUCUUGGUUAGGCGCGGACUCGAAGAACCCUAAGGAUGGGAAUAUUGUCGCGGAAGGCUUGGUGAUUGGAGAGGCUUACCAGAAUAUCUCAAGAAAUCAAAAGGGGAUGUACAGCCGUAGCAUCUUGUGGAGACAAAACUUUACUUCGAAGCAAUGGCAGGUUGGACAAGUACGAGGGCUCAAAGAAAGAGCGUAUAGAGUAUGGAAUGGAGCUCCAGUAAGAAGACUACGCCUCGAGCAGCAUUUAGUCAUUCAAGAACAUGGCUACAGUGGAUCACCUCUAGCGGUUAAAGUCAGCGACAAACCUGGAAAAGAAUCCUAUGCCAUUUUUGGGUUUCAGAAUUAUGCCAUGAGGUGCUGGAGAGGGGACGAUGACGAUGGGUUCAAGAAAGCAGCGUUUGGCAGCAAUGGAGGAGGCGGCAGUGUCGUGAAUCAAGUUUUGAUGGAGGCUUUAGAUCAUGGUGCCUAUGAAUUUUUUGGUAGUUACAAGUUACCUAAGAAGGUGACUGAAGAUUGGGAUAUCGUGUACGAUGUUGAGGAGAAAAGCCCCGGAGAAGUUAUGGACGUCAAGGGAAAGAAGAGUGAGGCGAGUAGUGUAUCAAGUGAAGUGAGAGCGGUUGAGAGUGAUGAUGGUGAACACGUCCGAAGGUCAAGUAGGAGAAUCACCAUCGAGACGAUAAAGCGACGGGGCAGGAGGCUUCCUAGUCCCGCAAGUAGUUCUUGUGUUAUUGUGUAG